CGGUUAUAAACAAUGUUAUUAAUUUGACGUUUUUAUUGUAACUAAUCGUUAUACAUAUUUUAGAAGCGCCUGUGAUUUUAUUUAUUUGUGUUUAUUUAUUUGCAUAAUUGAAUAAUUUAAAAACGUCAACAAUAUACCCUAUAUAUCAUUUUGUUUGUUUUUUGCACAGAGUAACUCCAAAUCAUUUUUUGAUAAGCUCUUGGUGCCUAAUUUAAAAAAAAGAAAAAAACCUACACAAAAUUGUCCUUGUGAUCCCGUAAAAGAAAAUUAUAUUCCUUAAAUUACCUUAAUAAAUGAAAAACAUAAGUUGUAAUACUGUAGUUGAACUUACAACAUUAUUCCAUACCUCAUAUGUCUGCACCCAACCUUUAUUGCUAAGCAGGGCUAUGACCCCUCCCUAAAAUGAGUUUUAGCUGUUGAUAGAAAUGCUUGCAGGCUUUUGACAAACAUGCAUUCUGCAGCUACUUGUGCCAGUAGAAAGCUAUGGAUGAUAUAUUCAAUCUCCUUCAUAGCACGGAAACAAUCCAGAAAUGUUUAAAAAAAGUAUAUUAUACUGAUAAUAUUUUACAUGAAAACAUCUGGGCUGAUAUUUAAUAUGCGGCAGCAAUCUUCUUAAUGAAAUUAAAUUGGGCUACGGGGGGCAUGGGGGAAGUGGGUGAGGUUGACGGACAACCAGUUAUGAAUUAUAUUAAAAUAUAACUUCUAGAACACAAUACUGUUAUACAGUGUACUCUGUGUUUUAUUAUAUUAAACAAUGGCCCAGCAUGCAAUCGGCUGUAUUUAAAAAAAAAGCAUUUUCUGAAAAUACUUGAGGAUAUGGGGAUUGCUUCAAUAAACUAAAUGAAACACUAAACUAAACUGUGUACAUUCAAUGAAAAACAUGAUGGAUGCCUUUCACUGAAAUACAUUCUAUAUAGAAUCAUAUACAGUGGAUUCCCUCUAUUACAACCCACAAAGCAAUAGAUUAAAAGGUCUUCAUAGAAAGCUUGCCCUAACAGGAGACCCUCAGAUUGACUCCUUGCUGAAAGGGUCUGCAGUAAACCAACCACCCAGGAAGUGUGGUAGGAAUUGUCUUGCCGCACACAUGGGUUAUUUCGACUUUUGAAAAUAUAUUAUAUUAAACAAUUAAAUAAUUACACAAACUGGCUUUUUUAAGGAACAAAAUAUCGCGCCCGCCGCCGCCUGUGUGUGGAUUGCCUCGCCCUGUGUGAUGCGCCUGUCUGCGGGAACCGAGAAUGCUACAAUUACAUUGCCAUUUAUACUAGUAACAUUUUUAGAGAUGAAAUAACAUUUGUGAAUUGAAAGCAGACUGAUUUCAGUUGUAUGUUGACAUUUUUACCUACAGAAACACUGUUUGUAAGUUGGUCUAUGAUGUCAUAGCCGCUCUAUAAGACAAUUAUUACCUCACGGUCAUGUGAUCUUGUUCAGCCAAUCACAGCACUUAAUUUAGCCAAGCCAUUUUAUAAAGGUGGUUAUUUUACAAGUUUGUGAAAAUAAAACCCUGAUGUAUGUUGGAUUAGCACAAACACAAGGGUGUUCAAAAUUGAAGUAUGAUUUUUAUAGAAUUUAAUAAUCUAUCCCUGAUUGAAAGUGUUUCAGAUUUUGGCUAUUGCUGUUACUGUAUUCAUAAAUUACAGAACAACAAACCAAGUUCUCCCAGUUUUGCUUUUUACAGAGCAGAAUGAGACAAAAUUGAAAUUAACAAUGUAACUCCCAUGACUCCCCGCUAGAGGUCAGUACAGAUUAGUAAAUCUGGAAUAUACUGUACUCUUUGUACAAAGAUCUUAGUCUAACCUCGUGACGUGGGGCACUAGGGUAAUAAUAUAUUUAGGGAAGAUAGUUCAACUCAAAGACUCCUAGAAAGCAGCAGGUGUUUUGAUUAGUAAAGCACGAAUUAGAGAACAGUUUCAUACACUGCUGAUCCUGAUGAUGUGCACAGACGAUACCCAACAUCCACCAACGAUGUACUGCUCAUAUGAUACAGUAUUACAAAGUCAAAACACCUUUGCUGAGCAUUAAUUAGUAUUGCAUUGAUUUUACAGUAGUAAUCGGCGACUCAUCCCGAAGAAACAAAGAUGUUUCGACUGUUGGACAAGUUGCUGGAAGACUUCCCCAAAGAAAAGCAGCGGUACAACUGGCCCGUGACUCGAAUCGAGUGGAACGGGUCAUUUUAUUCACAGACGGAAGGGAGCGACUCCAGGUACCCCGUUCGGUUGGUUUGUCCAGGAGAAAAGGGCAUAUGUGCAGACCACGUUGUGCUGAGCAUCUCACUCGGUGAUUCGUGAGAAUUGUAUUUCUAUCUUGCACUGCAACAGUGUUAAAAAGAAGCUUAUCCUUCCUGAAUCCUCUUCAUGAGCACCAGCCCAGCUGUCAGCAUGGGGACCGCACAGCCUCCCACUCCCACCGGUUUUCUGGGCUACACCUUCGAGGAGUCUCACAUGAGAGUCCACACCAUUUUGAUCGUCAUCAUCUUCUGCAUCGUCUGCUUUCUCCUGCUGGUGGCGUUCUUCUACGCCUUCUGUUUCCACUGCACCACAGCAUCUGUGCCCAAGGACAGCAGGGGCAAGUUGGAUCGUGAGGACGCCACCUUCAGAAGAAGCUCCUCGCCCUCUGUGGUCAACUCCAUUUGAACACUAUUCAUCUUGUGGGAGGACUUUUAUUUCUGUGUACACCGUAGGUCAGUGGUUCCCAACUCUAGCCAUCAAGAGGCAGUCCAGGUGUUUUUUCCAAUCAGGCCCUACACUUGUUAACUGAACAGACUCAGGGUUAGUGAACUAAUUUAGGACUUGACUGGGAUGAAGUCCUAGACUGGAACAGACCUCAUUGGCAACCAUCACCGUCGGUGAUAGGUCAUGACACUGUACAAAAUCACAUGGUCCUGGGAUAUUACCACAUAUCAUUUACUGGAAACCUGGUAUCAUUUUUCUGUGAGACACAGUUUACAGUACAGCCUUACACCAGGACGUGCUUGGGUGUGCCUAUUAUAAAAGCUGGUAGAACUACAGGACUCAAUGUUAUAUCGUGUAUACAGUAUAUUCAGGAGCGCCCCCAGUAAUCUUUCACAUGGUACGCACAACUGAACCACACCAACAUCCCUUAUCGUGCCAAUAACAACUCUAUCACCAUGCUGUAAAGUGUUUCAGCCAAUCAGAGUGCUGCAUGUUUGUUCUUUCCUGAGUUUCACAGCACCUACACUGUCACAUUAGAAAACUGGAAUUAAAUUGCAUCACUGUUUCCGUUUCUAAAAAUAAAUAAACACAGCACGCUGCCAUCGAGACAGAACAGCAACUACAGUGAUAGCCAAAAAACUUCAAUAACAAUAAUAAUAAUAUAAGGAAUAAACUCUCGUGGCAAGAUAAAUGACGAGACUGAAGGUGGAGUAUCCAUGUCACCAGAAACCCGAGAUAAAAUGACAGGAUUUUUAUUGCACACUUUGGUGUACUUUAUUUGUUACCUUACAUAAUAACCCUUAUAAUAAUACAGUGUACAUAAUAAGACUGUAAGCUCCAGGGGUUCUAAUAUAAUAUAUAGUGCUGUAAACACUACUGCUGAUUAUAAUAAUAAUAACACACUUAUGUGUUAAUGAUUAGGAAAUGUAUUAUUACAUUUAAUAUAAGACAAAAUUAAAAUAGAAAUGGAACUUUAAAUGUGCGCUUCCCGUGCUCAGUCCUGGAAGAGCAGAAUUCAGAUCAUGCAGUAGUGCUGUACUAACAUUCGAAGCCGCCGACGUAUUUGCCAGACAGAGACGGUUCGGUGCUUUUACUGAUUUUGUUCCCUCUGACAUUCUGGAUCAUCAGAAGAGAGAUUUUUGCUCUUUUUUGAAGCUUCAACCAAACCUAUCUGCUUCCGUUUGCUCAUUAUUACCCCUAAAUAAACAGUACGAUUCUAUAAGCUUAAUGUCUGUUUCACAUCAACCCAUCGCACAAGAUAUAUGCGAGUCCACACUUAUGAAGAUGAAGUUUUGCAAACCAAAGUAGCCAGGAGCCCUGUGUCGUUGACUUCUCACUUCCUGUGUGGGCGCUUCUACUGUACAAGUUCUCUGCCAGCCAGUCUCAUAGUCAUUUUAAGCUCUAGCUCCUGAAUAAGAAGACAUUCCUUUGUUUCCUAAUCGAAAAUAACAGUACUGUUGCUACAACUGUUUAUGUAAGGAUGUACAAUGCAAAUAUUCUACAGGCUACAGAACUUACUAGACUCCUUUCACUCUCGGUGGAUCUACCAGGAAUAAAAACAACAAAGAUUGCAUUUUUACACUGGCUCUUCAACAAAUGGCAGGCAAUACACCCCUUGGAAAUGAAGUGCACAAUUCUGUUUUAAAUGUGACCUUCGAAUGUAUUCCUCCAUACCACAGUGUCCAGUACAUUCUGAGACCAGUGGUUUACAGCAUUAUUUGUUUCCUGGGUUUGACUGGAAACAGCUUUUCUCUCUGGACCUUACUCACCAAUAAGAAUACCACCAUCUUCCGUAACCCCUUCAUGAUAAGCCUGGCUGCCAUGGACCUGCAGUUUGCCUUCUGUUUGGCAUUCAAAGUUAUUUACCAUGCAAAGGGCAGCAACUGGAUCUUUGGGGAGGUUUUUUGCAAAGUCUUCCUCUCCCUUUACAUCUCCAACAUUUUUGGCUGCCCGUUGAUCCUGACCUGCAUUUCCAUAGAGCGUUACAUUGCCUUAGUCCCACCAACCAGGACUCUCCAGCUGCAUAGACAAGCCUUCAGAAUCGCUCUCUCCUGUUUCAUCUGGGUAGUGGUUUUAACAGCUUGUGUCAGUUUAACUUGUUCUGGAAAACUGACCAACCAGUUAAAUAAAGACAGAACCGCUUGUGGGGAGAGUUUCUCUCAAGUCGAAUGGAUUCAUCGCAUAGGGAUCAUGAGCAUUGUAGGUUCAUGCUUUGGUUUCUUUGUUCCUUUCUUAAUACUGAUUAUCUGCUACACUGUGAUUGCCAGGAAGCUGAGCAACCUGCUCGGAGAGAACCCAGCUACUCUCAACAUCAAAAAGAAAUCCAUGAGGACCAUUUUGAUAGUGAUCACUGUGCUGACCAUCUGUUUUCUUCCUUUUCACACUAUUAAUAUUAUCAGAACCGCAUUGAUACUGCAGAAGUUAAAUAGCUCCUACAACCGUUUCUGUACAGCAUAUUCGAUAAUGGAAGCAGUAACGAGUUUCAACAGCUGCUUGAACCCUAUAGUGUAUUACCACCAGGCUGAGGGCUUCAAUUGGAUGAGUCACUGCUGCCAUUCCCAGGAUGAAACUGAUGAAGCAGCCAACAGGGAACAGAGAGAGAGCCACAAGCAUGCUACCAGAACUGACCUCCCAGUUACAAACGCCCCAUAAUCCGUGGCCAUAUCCCUAAUCAGAGGGGCCAAGUACUGUUAUUAAUUACUGUUAUUACUGUCAAUGGUUUCUCACAAAUGAUGCUCCAAAUUUCACAUUUAAGGUACAUCCUUUGUUGUCAUGGAGAUCUUGGAAAACCAAAAUUUCCAUUGUGAUUUUUUCAUAUCUUAUAACAGAGAGUAUAGAUUUUUUUAUACCGGAUUGUAGCUAGUGCCAUUGCCCGGGCCCUAUCGUCUCGGAAUAUAUUUUAUUAAUAUACGGCCUGUAAUAAAAAGCUUUAAGAAUCUGGCCCAGUAACAUGCACAGUUUUAUUGAUAGAAAGAUAUUUGGUUUGUACAAUACUUGUGUUUUAUUCAGAGAAUUAUUCAAAUACCAGCUGAUGGGAUUCAAAUGGAGGAUGCCUUGCAGUACUUCCCAGGAUGACUUUGCUGAGCCAGUCAAUGACACCAAAGUACAGAGAGAGACUCCAGACCCCACCACCAGAACUGAGAAUCCUACAGCCAAGACCCCAUGACACUGGAUGUCAAUGGAAUUACUGUAUGUAGGAAAUCACACAGUUUGUAAAACGAAUACGCUUUCUGUUUAGGAAAUGUUGCAAUUGGUAAUAGAAUUAAACUAAAAUUUCUCCAACACAGUGAGUAUCAUCAGAAAGUUAAAUUACCUCCUCAUGGCUCCAAAAUAAAUUUUACCUACACAAAAUUCAGGAUAAAACUCUCGUCUACAGGCAGUGCUUUAAGUGUAUUAAGUUAAUUAAAAUGAGACCUAAAUCAAAGGCCUCGCUUUCUAUAUUGUACCUUGAAAGAACCUUGGUUUUAGGCCUCACUGCAGUGUGAUAGAACAGGAUUACAGAUUUUAGUCGCCAGAAAAUCUCUCUGAAAUCCUCCAUAGUUCCAUGAUUGGGUUAGAGAUAGAUGAGGAAAUAAACAUGAUAGGCAAAAUAGGUAUUAAAAGGCCCUUUGUUUACUUCCUUUUGCUAUGAUGAAUGAUACCAUUAUGUAUUUUUUAAAUGCAAAUGCUGUUCCCAAAUGCUCCUUUAUGUGGAGUUUCUAAUGGACUUUACUGCACAAAUGAACAUUACAAGGGUAAUGCUAAAUAUUUUCUUGUUUCUCUAUUUUGUGUAAUCUGGGCUGGGAUUUCAAUUUGUGCACUGCUUUUUGGAGAGCUAACCAUACAUUCACACAAAACAUAAUGUGGCACCUUCUCUUCAAGUGAAUGGGAUUUGCGUCUUGGGGAAAUUCAUUGUAUUGGUUUCUUCCUGGGUUUCCUUUUUUCCUUCCUGGUAAUGAUCAUCUGUUAUAUUCUAAUGGCAAAAAAGAUAAGCAAUCUGCUUUGAGAGAGUCCAGCUACUCUUAAGGCUAAAGAGAAGUCUAUGAGGAACGUUGUGAUUGUGAAAAUUGUGCUGUCAAGUUGCUUCCAUUCCACACAAUAUCUAUAAUUAGAAUAUUUCUUGCCGAAAUAGCCAUGUUCAUAGUCAAUUUCAACAGCUGCCUUAACCCUAUAGUGUAUCAUUUCCAGGUUGUGGUCUUCAAAGUGAGAACGCCCUGUUGUCCAUCCCAGGAAGCCCUUUCUGAACCAGACAGCAGCAAGGUACAGAUCCCUAGCUAGCUGUGAGAUCCAAGCAGUCCAGUCACCAGUAAUCCUCCAGACUUGGAGGUGUGUAGCUGUUCUGAAUGUUGGUACAAAAUAUUACACCCAGCAUCUAUCCAUGGAUUUUCUUUAACAUUUUGUACAGUUUACACUUGUAUAGUCUAGCUAUGUUUGGUGUAUUUUGGUAUAAUAUAAUGCCCAUUUUAUAUUUUGUUUAUAUGUUAUUUUGGAUUCCACAACGCUUGAAUGAAUGUGUUUUUAUGUAGUUUUAAUGCGAAGCAAUUGGGCAGCAUUGGGAAUUUUGGUUUUAAUACCAACAUUCAUCCCACCUUAGCUAAUGCGGUGCACAAAAUGUACAUGUAAUCUGCCACUUGGUCUUGAUAUAGGCUGUUGACUAUCUCUGCAGUAAGGAACCUUGGGUGACUUUGUGGACUUACCCGAAUAAGCCUGUGAUGUAUCUAUUGAUUGCAUUACGGUUGUUUAAGUCUUGCCAAUUAAAGGGCUGUGUAUUGAUUGCAUUACUUCAUUUAGAUUAAGAUUUAAACCGUGUAUUUGAUAUUUAGGAUACUGUUAUUCUGUCACUAAGUAUCUGCAUAA